UCUUCUUUUGGGGUUUCUUCUUUUCCGUUGUUGCUCAUCGAACGGCUGCAACUCUCUGUCUUUUCGUUUCCCAGAAAUGGAGUCGCAAAUUAAGCAUGCUGUGGUUGUGAAGGUGAUUGGAAGGACUGGGUCUCGUGGGCAAGUUACUCAGGUGAGGGUCAAAUUUAUCGAUGAUCAGAAUCGUUUCAUCAUGAGGAAUGUCAAAGGCCCCGUUAGGGAAGGAGAUAUUCUCACCUUGCUCGAGUCUGAACGAGAAGCUAGGAGGUUGAGAUAAUUGAUUCGUCUUACUUAGGAGUUGGUUGCUUUUGCGAAUGUAUUCGAUUUUGUUUCUGAAUUGACAUUGACAUUGACUCUCGUGUUUACUGUUUGUUUUUUUGGUUAAAACAUCUAUGUUUUGGGAAGAUAUGCGUUUUUAUUCAGGAAGUUCGGUUGAUCUAUGUUUUUUUGGGUUAUGACUUCUUCCUUUUGAGUUAAAGAUCGUUUGUUCUUGGUUU